CCAACACCCGCAAGUUCCUGCAAAGAAAUAUAUGAAAAAGACUGGUAAGGAACGUACGAUCGUUAAAUUUGUGCCUGAACGAGGGUGGGUGGCAAACAAACAUAUCGCGAAAAUCAUUCUACAAAAAAUUGCGCACUGGAGGAAAAAAAAUAUACAAAGCUAAAAGCGCAAAAAAAGAAAAAUAAAUAAAAAAUAAUUUAUGCAAGUUGAGAAUUCCACAUCUCUUCCCCUUUACAUGUAAGGAUCAGUGUGAGUGAUUUGAGAGAGUGUAAACUCGGCUGGAUUUGUAAGGUUUCUUCUCUAAUAUCGUGAUGGUGCGGAUCUGGGCUCCUGUUUGGCUACACAUCAAGAGUACAGUUUAAAUACCUAAAUAGCCUUGUAACAAGCCUUCACCCGUUGGAAAUUGUGACAUGUCUCCGUCCUGUUAACCCUGAUUUUGUUUAUCUCAGUAUUAUUCUCGCUGACCGUAAUAGCGCUGAGCCAAGACUUCCCCGCGUAUUCUUUGCGAUGUCACGCAGUGCUGCUUCUUUUUUGCGUCUCGUGACAUUCCAAAGAACUACCUCGUAGGAUUCAAAGAAUAUAACACUCUGAUGCUCUCUCAUUAGUGCCAGCCCGAACAAGGCGUUUAACCUCAACCUUGGGAAUAAAUAUCUGUCUGUGUAUUGUUCCAUGGAUGGGGAGCUUGGAGACUGCGGUGGUGGGGGAUGGACGCUGGUCAUGAAGAUUGACGGUGCAAAGGUACAGUGGAACCCCUCUAAACUGGAAACCCUUGGGACCGUAGUUUUUCAAGAAUGUCGAAUGAAAACUUUGACUCGUUUCUUUCACUCCUGUUUGCUUCCCUUUGUCUCUUUUAAGUCAGUGAAUGUUCUAUAGAUCAUAUUAAAGGGCCACGCUCAACCAGCAUGCAAUACGGGCGUAGUGGACACUCUCAGUAUUUUCAGGCGCGAGUUUGAUGAAGCACUCAUAGAGCGAAGUGAAGCAAAACUGGUGUAAUCCCGGAUUGCUUUAGACACUAACUUAAAAAUUGCCUCAUCUUGCAGCACAACUUCAACUACGAUUCAAAAGCGUGGUCUUCCAGGUCUUCAGUGUUCCCCGAAAAUGGAGACACGGGGUUGGCUCACUUUGAGACCCUGUUACCAACGUACUGGAGCACGUCCUUUACCAAGAUCUGUCUCGGCAUGAAGGUCGAUGGAGCAACCAGGUUCUUGCGAGUGAAUAGGGCAGCAGCCUCACUGUAUGCCCUCAUUGCUGAUGGUCAGUACCGUGCAACCUCCCUGGGUCGCGAUGCAUGGAAGGGACUGGUUGGUCCCAAAGCCUCCCUCCAGCGCAACUGUAAUCGAGAAGGGUUCAAUACGCGGGGAACUUUAGGUACUCGUGCUAAGAUGCGAAUUGGUAUCAUCGCUAACGAGCAAAAUGAUUGUAAUUCCCCUGAUUCCAGAAUCGGGUUUGGUGGAUGGGGACCGGUAGCCGAAGUCCCGUGUGGAAACGUAGCCAGGCACGGCGGGGACAACGGAGACCAAACCAUCAGAGCCUUCGGAUACAUCUUCGUUCAGUAA